ACUUCAGGCUGGACCUUGGACCUUCACACACUCAAGCAGUCCUGAAGCAGAAGGAAGGUGAGCUGAGAGAGGUGGCUGGCUGGGGGCACCCUUCAAGUGGUAGCUUUGGGUUCCCCAAGGAAGGGAUGUGUAGAGUUUUGAUGGGCACUGGGGUGGGGGUGGUUGUCCCAACAGGGAAGUAAGCAGGCAGCAUCUUAACCAAUGGGACUGUUGGCCACCAUGAAAAACUAAUACUUUCUCUCUUGAGUGAGGCUUCCGUGUGUGAACAGCUGCUUCCACUGUACAAGAGAUCAAUGUCCUACUUUACACCCACAUUGUGCAAAUUGCGACACUCCUUUAAGACGGAGCAUUUCGAUGGCAUUGGUGGCUACGAAGAAGCAUCGGCGACGACUCAGCUCAAAAGGUAGAUGGGGUUGUGACUUUGUGUGGUCCUCCUGGCUGCUAUUCGCAGGUUAGAGAGACCAAAAAACAAACACCAUGGUGCUGCCCUUUUGCUCUAGCAGGCUCCUAUGCCUUGAGCAACUGCAGUUCCACAGGUGGAGCUUUCUCCAUUGGGGUAUUCCCAGGUCAUGAUGCUCCUCACUUUCUUUAAGGCAAAGCACGGGUGCCUUUGCAAGGUGGUGGGGGAGGAGAUGCAUAUAUUUAAAGCACACACGCAGCCCAGAAGGAAUCCUUGUAGCUGUAGUUUACCCCUCACAGAGCUACAAUUCCCAGCAACCUUAACAACAAACUGUGGUUCCUGGGAUUCUUGGGAUGUGUGUGCUUUAAAUGUGCUUUAAAAGUAUGGUGUGUACACAGCCAGGGAGUGAGAGAGAAGGCGAGUCCACUGUACAAGAGAUCAAUGUCCUCCUUUAUACCCACUUUCCCUUUACAGUGGUAUCUCAGGUUACAUACGCUUCAGGUUACAGACGCUUCAGGUUACAGACUCCGCUAACCCAGAAAUAGUACCUCGGGUUAAGAACUUUGCUUCAGGAUGAGAACAGAAAUCGUGCGGCAGCGGCGCAGCGGCAGCAGGAGGCCCCAUUAGCUAAAGUGGUGCUUCAGGUUAAGAACAGACCUCCAGAACGAAUUAAGUUCUUAACCCGAGGUACCACUGUAUUUGAAAAGCAGGGGACUAAUGUCUUACUAUAUUAACUCUGAAGUGUCAAAAGUUAACUGUGGCAAAUGCUCUUAAGACAAUCCACUGCUUGGAUUUGCCAUUGAGUUUGGAGAUACGUACGUAUCUCACCUUUGGACUUUUGCUUGGAAUCUUGUCUCUCUGUUUAAGGUUGCUUUAGGACAACCCAUCUGUUGAGUAUUCAUUCUUAUUUGUUUGCAGUUAGAUGACAGAUUAGAUGACGUUGCAUCGAAACAAGUGCUAUCCCCCACCUUCCGGUGCAUUUUCCUAUCACUUUCAUUAUCAUACUAAGUCUUACCUUUUGGAGAAGCAGAAGAUUGCUUGUGCAAGAGCUUCCAAUCCGCUGCAAUUGUGUGGUCGGAAUUGCUCCCCAUGCCCUGUUAAUUGAAAAUUCAAAUAGUUGGCCCCAGCCAGUGUAGCCAGUAGUCAGAAAUGCUGAGAGCUGGAGUCCCACAAUAUUUGGAGGGCCACUGACUCCCCAUCCCUGAUGUAGACAAUUCUUGGCUAGAUGGACCACAAGUUAAAGCAUAUUCCUAUGUCCCUGGGAUCCAGGGAUUGCCUGCUUUUCAGAUCUGCUGCUGGUCAUCUGACACAGAACUUGAUUUUGCAAGUCUGCACUAUAAAGAAAGGCACAGAAUUGGUCACUGUCAAGCUGCCAGUUCUCAGCUUCACUUCCUUCCCUUCCGUCCCUCCACAAACUGGCUCAGUUGUUUUCCCCAACCUGUUGCCCACCAGACCUCUGGGGCUGCAACCCCCACCAGUCUCCGCCACCACAGCCCUAUGUUUCUGCCCGAGGUUAGCGGGAGUUGCAGCCCCAAUUGCCUGGUGGGCUGCCAGUUGGUGAAAGGUUGAGCCAGCAGGAGAAUUUUCAUUUUGCUCUAAUGGCAAGUCGGGAGGCGGGGUAGCAAAGAGGAACUUGCAGAAGAGAAUCCAGUAAGGAGAAGCUGCGACCAUAUCCUCUUUCACUUGUGAUAUGGCUUCUGGGCUCGCAGGCUUCUUCAUGUGACUGCUCGGGUCAGGGGGAAAGCCACACCGUCUACCCUCUCAGGGCUGUUGGAAUCAAACAACAUUUGGAGACCCCAACUUCACCAUCUCUAGCAUGGGCCCCAUCUGCACUACACAUUUGAAGCAGUAUCGUGUCACUUUAAACCAGUGGUCCAUACCCCUCAACUGUCCUGAUUUAAGCAGGACAUCCCUUUUUUGGGGAGUGGGGACAUGCUCCUGUACGAGUCACCUGGCUCCUGCAUGAUUGCAUCCCCCAAAGAUGUGCAUUUGGGGUGGGGGCUGUGCUCUCGCGUGAACACAUGUGCAAUGGCUGUUUCAACGGUACACACGGCAGCUAUAAAUGUGGCUUGCUGGUUUGAGGGAAAGCACAUUGAACAUGGGGGACACGGGUGGCGCUGUGGGUUAAACCACAGAGCCUAGGACUUGCCAAUCAGAAGGUCAGCGGUUCGAAUCCCCAUGAUGGGGUGAGUUCCCGUUGCUCAGUCCCAGCUCCUGCCAACCUAGCAGUUCGAAAGCACGUCAAAGUGCAAGUAGAUAAAUAGGUACCGCUCCGGCAGGAAGGUAAACGGCGUUUCCGUGCGCUGCUCUGGUUCGCCAGAAGCGGCUUAGUCAUGCUGGCCACAUGACCCGGAAGCUGUACACCGGCUCCCUCGGCCGAUAAAGUCAGAUGAGCGCCGCAACCCCAGAGUCGGUCACGACUGGACCUAAUGGUCAGGGGUCCCUUUACCUUCACCUUUACAUUGAACAUGAGCAUUUUCCAAGAUCUUACAAGGUACCUAUGGGUUGUGUCCUUGGCUUCACCAAUAGUUGGAACGCACUGGAGCUGGAGUAAAUGGGAAGAUGUAGCUACCCUGAGUUACUCCUAAAAGUAAAACUUAGGUAUCUUCAUCAAAGGGGAAGAGGAUAUGCAAGCCUUUGGGAUGAAGGAGGGUAUCUGCCUUUCAGGAGUGAGUAUGAUGCAUUUCAUUAACCCCCAAAUCUUUCUUUUUUGCAGGGCCCAGGGACACUGCAGAGCCAACUAUGUAAGUGCCAAGUUGAGCUACUCCACUGAAAAUGAGUGGGCAUUGCUGGCAUCCCUUGGACAGCAGGUCGAGGGCACACACACACACACACACACACACACACGGGAGAGCACUUUACACAAUCAGAUUAGCCUGGUGGGUUGAAACUGGAAGCACAAAGCCAAACACUCCUGUACUGAGGUUUGGGGCAAGCGCAAACAUAUUUAAAUUUAACCCACUCAUGAAACGUAUUAAAAACGCAGGCUGCGAAUGGGUUGCCAAGGCUGAUUGGAUUGCCUUUGCCUGACGUAGGUUCUCAGGAGCCUGAGAACCCUUGAUUGCCUCCAAGCUGUGGCUGACACUUCCUUCUCCUUCUUGGUGUUACAGGAAAUUUGAAUUUAACCCCAGAGAUGGGAUCGAUAACCCAGCCCUGUCACUGGCAGAGGAUUCUGGUAACAAUGGGGAGCGACAUCUGGGGCUGCUGCGUGGGUGGCAGAGGAAGGACCAGCUGUUUCCCUCUUGGUGCUUGCAAAGUGGGAGGCUUGCUUCCCCUUCCACGUCAGGGACCUGAUGGCUGUUUACCACCUCGUCCUGCAAAUAGCACAUUCAGUGGGGCACGCAUUUUGAUGUGAAUCUACUUUAUUUGCACUUAGCCAAACUGUGUUUAUUUAUUUACAAAACAAAAAACAUUUAACUAUCACUGUUCAGGGGUGGGAGGGAAAUUAGCAUGAUUUACAAUAAUUCUACAUCAUUUGCAUCUUUGAGUGUGGCAACGCCUGCUCUUUGGUACGUUCGACAACCAAGGGACUGUCACACACACACCACAAAAUGCCUGUUCCACAGCCAAAAAACUUUUCAGAAACAAUAUCACCAUCCAGGGCUUGUCCACACUGAAAAAAAUGUGGCUUCGCACUGCUCUGUCUCCUCAUUAAUGUAUCCACAUAAUAUUUUCCCUAUCCAUAGGAGCCACUCACAGGGGACAAAGUCUCUUCACCCUCCCCCAUAAAAUAUUAGAGGGGACAGCCCCCUCCCCAGUUGAUGGGCAUUGCCAUUCAAAUGGUGUGUGUGUGCCGUGUCAUGUGAUUGAUUAUGUGAGGUGGGGCUUAGCUGCCCCCCCAUAUUUUCUUCAAAUUGGCACCUCUGUCCCAGUCUUGUCCCGGGCCUUCCCUGUUUAUAUGUGGGUUUUAUCCAAACAUCCAGGAUCAGUGGGUGGGGUUAGUGGGCAGGAAGGCUGCAUUUAAGUGAUGUAAAGGUCGGGGUCAAGGGACGCGGGUGGCGCUGUGGGUUAAACCACAGAGCCUAGGACUUGCCGAUCAGAAGGUCGGCGGUUCAAAUCCCCGCGACGGAGUGAGCUCCCGUUGCUCGGUCCCUGCUCCUGCCAACCUAGCAGUUUGAAAGCACGGUAAAGUGCAAGUAGAUGAUAGGUACCACUCCGGUGGGAAGGUAAACGGCGUUUCCAUGCGCUGCUCUGGUUUGCCAGAAGUAGCUCAGUCAUGCUGGCCACAUGAGCUGUACACUGGCUCCCUCGGCCAAUAAAGCGAGAUGAGCGCCGCAACCCCAGAGUCGGCCACGACUGGACCUAAUGGUCAGGGGUCCCUUUACCUUUUUAAAGGCCUGAGUCAACCUGGAUGGGAAGGAUGUCAUUAGCUGGUCACACAAGUCAAAACAUCUACUUGCACCCUAAAACAGAGAGAGAGAGAGAGAGAGAGAGAGAGAGAGAGAGCGCAGCAGCAGCAGCAGCAGCAGCAGCAGCAGGUGACUUUCCAGAUCAACAAGCCAAAAAAUCCAAUUAAAAUUAAAAAUUGGGCAAUGUCAGAAGGCUGUGUCUGAGGAUAUUUCAGUGCCCACAAGUGCUGCGUUGGGGACCCCGGGUCUGCAGGGUCGGCCUCUGAUCUUGUUUUCCACAGAGCCAGAGGAAGGUGCUCAGGUGCGCUUCUGCUUUCUGAAGAAAGAAGACGGGGAGAGCUUUGGGUUCUGGCUACGGCAGGAGGCGGGCAGCAACGGGCACAUCGUGCGACAGGUGACGCCGGGGGGCCUGGCUCACCGCAGAGGCCUGCAAGAUGGAGACCGGAUCUUAGAGGUGAACGGGGCUUAUGUCGAAGGCCUGGAGCACUUCAGGGUGAGGUUUGGCUGGGAGUAGUGGCUCCCUGAUUCCCAUUUGAGGUGGGCUUCCCCCCCCCCAUAGAAUUCACAUAGCAAUACAACAGAAUGUGAUGCAAGAAAUCAAAGGAGCGAUAAAAAUGCAAAUUAAAACCAUCCAGCACCUAGCACAGUGCAUCGCAAUUGCUGCAAUAGGAAGAAAAAUCGUUAUGCGAGCCAUCAAGGCCCUUAACAAUUUUCAAGUGGUCCAGGGGUAGGAGAAAAUUUGGGGGUCGCUACUCAUUAAGAACUUAUGACCAUAAGAACAGCCAAUCUAGUCCAGCAUCCUGUUCUCUCAGCCUAUGGGAAAACCUCAAGAAGGAUGAGAGCACAUGAGUGCUUGUCCCAUCCUGUGGUUUCCAGCAACUGGCAUUCAGAAGCCUCUGACUGCAUGUUCAGAGCAUAGGUAUUCUGGUAGUCCUCUCCUCCAUGCAUAGCUGUCAAGCAUCCCUUAUUUGGCGGGACAGUCCCUUAUCCCAGCGCCAUGUCCCGCUGCUGUCCCUUAUUGAUGAUGUCCCUUAAAUAAGCUACUGAAGGUAAUGGGGCCCUUUCUAUGUCCAGCUGUCCUUUGUCAACAACAAAUUGUUGCUGUUUUUGUGUGUUGAAUAUAUGCUAUAUGGUAAUUUAUGGACCUAAUAGGUAUCUAAAUCCAUUUGCACGCAACAAAAUAUGUAUUUUAUCAAAGUAAUUGUUGAUCCCUUAUUUUGGCUGCUGAUCCCUUAUUUUUGAGGCUGCUGGUCCCUUAUUUUCAAAUCUGUAGGUUGACAGCUAUGCCUCCAUGACUCUGUCCGAUCCUCUUUUAAACCUUUCAAAUCACUGCCUCCUGCAGAAGUGAGUUCCAUAGUUUAACUAUGCGCUGUGUGGAGGACUUCCUUUUGCAACACUCAGCUUCGUUGGAUGCCCAGGAGUUCUACUGUUAUGAGUCUCUGUUUUUGAGGUUCUUCCCCUCUUUCUUGGCAGGUGGUUUGGAAGAUCAAGAGCAGUGGGAAGCAAGUCUCUCUCACUGUCCUGGAUGGGACAGCCUACGAGUUGGCAAAAGCCCUCGACCGGGACCUUGGCCAGCUCUUGCCCCAUCACAACAGGCCACAGCUGUGCUGCCUCAACAAGGACCAAAGUGGCUUCGGCUUCAGCGUUUCAGCUCCAGAAGGUAGUGAAAACCCACACUGCAGUUCGUUGCGUUUUUCACCACGAGUAACCAAAUUCUGCCAUGAGGAAAACCAGAAUUUUACCAUCAGAUUACACUGUGCAAAUCCAAGACAGUUUGCACGCACUUGCUUUCUUCCGCGUUGUUUAUUCUGCUGCCCAGAUUGAAAUUUGCCAUUUAUUGCAAGGGAUAUUAUUUUUUAUUACUUUUUAUUGCAAGGGAUAAUAGAAGGGAGCGGAAGAACAAAGAGAUUGCUGUUACUGAGUGGGGAAAAUAAAUACCCACUUCAGGAAACUGUUCCCAAACUUGAUUCUAAGGGUAUGUUUACAGAACAAACUUAUCAUCAGGGUUUAAAUCAAUUUAAUUAAUGGUUGUGGUUCGCCCCCCACCCCAAAAAAAAAUUCCCGAGAAUUUUAGUUUUUGUAAAGUUCCUUUGAAAUCUCUGUUUGAGAUUCUUGGUCCCCCAGAACAAAGAUGAAAGGGCUUCAAAACCAGUUUUGAGUCUCUAGGGUCGACACUUCACAAAACAGACUAAUAUUUAAAGACCAUCAGUUGUACAAAAUAGUAAAUGAAAUGAAAAUAUGUUUAAAACAAUACACUGUUGCAAUAUGUGUUGUUUUUCCACCACAACAGUAACUAUCACUAUUUUUUUUUAUUUAAAAACCCUAUAAGAAUCACAAAAAGGUAGAAUAAUACAAUUUAUAAUUGAACUCAGCAUUUUUGACACAUAAUUAUGCCUCCCCCCCUCAAAUUUGGAAUACUUCAUCCCCUUUCAUUGUUCUAAAUCCAAGGUGGCAAACUCCUUCUUUUGAAAUAAUUUUUAUUUGAUUUUAUCAAUACAAAGUUAUAAAAAACCAAAUAUGUAUCCAUAUGCAGAGAUUUCUCCAAAUCUCAGGAUUUCCACCUACCCCUUCCAUGGAUUCCCAUUUUAAACAUUUAAAACUGCAUCUUCUUCCGACCUCUGACUUUUAUAUCAUACCAUAAGGUCCCUACCAGAGAGGAAUGGCAAACCAAACUGAUGGAAAAAAAUUAUAAGUUAUAUAAGAGACCACUGUAAGCAGAUGGAAACAUUGGCAGGAUUUUGAUUUCACUGGUAGUGAAAAUCAACAUGGACAACAGGGUGGCAAAUGUCUUCAACUUGAAAGCUACAUUCUGUCUUGGCCAACCUUCACCCCUGACCACUGGUCUUGCCAGCUAGGGAUGAUGGGAGUUAUAGUUCGAAAACAGCUGGGGACCCAAGUUUGGAAAUCCUGGAGUAGGCAAAAAGAGGCCAAUAAAUGCUAGUUUUCCCCCUCUCAUGCUCCUGUUUUUGUAUCCUUUGCUUUGCAGGUGUGAAGGGAACAUUCCGACUAUCUGUGCCAAAGGACGGGCCAGCUCACAAGGCAGGGGUGCCAGAUGGUUCAUGGCUCCUGGAGCUCAACGGUGCUUGUGUGGAGAGUUGGACUCUUGCACACCUUCACAAAAAGGUACCAGCGCUGUCAUUCGAUGACAGAAAUGUUGGCUUUAGCCAACUGACUGAACAACUUGAGGACCAGCCAGGUCACAUCCAGGAACACCUUUCUAUAGAAGGUCCCUCGCCACCUGAUAAUUUCAAUCCUUUGUUGUUGUUGUUGUUUAGUCGUUUAGUCGUGUCCGACUCUUCAUGACCCCAUGCACCAGAGCACGCCAGGCACUCCUGUCUUCCACUGCCUCCCGCAGUUUGGUCAAACUCAUGCUGGUAGCUUCGAGAACACUGUCCAACCACCUCGUCUUCUGUUGUCCCUGUUAGGUUGUGGGCGAACAUAUCAGAUGACACAGUGAUUCUUCCAAAGCAGCUCUUUAUUUGUAAGCUGGAACAGAACUGAACUGAGGAACUCAGUCAGCCUGCUUAUAAAGAGCUUCAGAACAAUGUAACUGUUGCCAUUUUCUAAAACGAUCCAAUCACUGAACGUCACUUUCGAUCCUUCAUUUGCAUAACUAUCUACAGUAUCCCCCUGCUGGCCCAGGGUAAGAACUUCAGUACAUAACAGUCCCCUUCUCCUUGUGCCCUCAAUCUUUCCCGACAUCAGGGUCUUUUCCGGGGAGUCUUCUCUUCUCAUGAAGUGGCCAAAGUAUUGGAGCCUCAGCUUCAGGAUCUGUCCUUCCAGUGAGCACUCAGGGCUGAUUUCCUGAAGAAUGGAGAAGUUUGAUCUUCUUGCAGUCUAUGGGACUCUCAAGAGUCUCCUCCAGCACCAUAAUUCAAAUCCUAUUUCAAUCCUAGCUAGAGGGAAAACUCUCCAGCAGCGCACUGUAUCCUCCCUGGGUUUGGCUUACGUACCCAAAUUUUCGAUUCCAGAUCAAACACAGCAGCAACCCAAUGGGGCUGCUGGUGAUCGACGCCAAAUCAGAGGAGUUUUACCGGCAACGCGGCGUUAAGGUCACAGCAGCCAUGGCUGACGCUUCCUGGGUUCCUUUUGAGGUGAGGAAGCUGCAGAUGGUGAGAGGCCAAGACGGAUACGGAUUCUUGCUGAAAGAAGAAAAACGUUGCUCAGGAGAAAGAGGUGAGGCCCCUUGCCUGGAAAAGAGCCAGACUGCACACAGCAUGUCGCUCCACGGUAUUUAAAUUUGAGAGCAGAGUAGGUGACUUUGAGGUAAGACAGAGGGCUGCUCGAGCUUUCCCCCUUUCAUCCAGACAAAACGUUUCCUCCCACCCAGCUGCGUUUCUCCCCGAGGAAAAAAAAAAGAGGACCCAACAUCUUUCCCCCUGUACUUUGAAGGGAUGAUUUGAGAGGAAACAGGCAAUGUUCAUUCUGCAUUUGCAAGGAAUCGAUAUUUCACCAUGGCUGCACUGAGACACUGGAACUCCCUGCCCCUUGAUAUUUGGCAGGGCCCUUCACUGCACUGUUUUCACUGUCCACCAAUGGACUCUUUUUUCGUUUUGUUUAAGCAAGCCCACCCAGAUGUGUACAUCAGAUGUGCAUUUUAAUAUGCGAUUUUAGUUUUAAACAGCUGGUUUUCUUGGACAUAUGUUAGGCUGGCUUGUCUUUAACUUCUGGUUUUAUUAGUAAUUUUAAGGUAUGUUUUAUAUAAACUGCUGGAAGAUUUUGAUGCUUCAGCAGUAUAUAAGCCUUGAUAAAUAAAUAUGUUUUGAAUAUUCAAAUGUGGGGGUGGGCAGGGUUGAGCAACUCCUCUCACUGCCAGUCAUCUACUUAACUUCACAGAUAUCAUUUGGAUGUUUUGCAUCUUUGGGUUGUUGUUGGUUUUGGGUUGUUGUUUUUUUAAAAAAAACACCCAUUCAGGACAAACUUAAUGGAAUUUUGCGUAAAGUUUUUUUAUGCACCAUCUUAAUAGAGGCCAAACCAGGUCUGUGUGGCUUAGGAAAAAUGUCCUCACGUGCCAAAUUAGGACCAGUGCUGGAACUAAAUAGGUCCCUGGCCUGGUCAGUCCCAAUGCUGGUCUACACUGAUAGAUGGCAGCUCUCCAGGGUUUAAGACUGAGGUUUUCCCAGACCUACAUGGAGAUGGCAGGGAUGAACCUGCGAACUGCUGCAUUUUGCUCUUUCACUGAGCUGCAGCUCCUUGUUCCCUAACAAAUAGGACAGAAGAGAGCUUUGCUUAUUCACCUAUGGCGACUUCACUAGAGGAGCACAUGUAAGACAUGCACACACGUAAAAUGCUCAUAAAUGUAAAGGAAGCAAGGUGCAACCACUGGGAUAAUCAACGCCGCUGCUUUCGUCUUGCCCAUCUAUGACUUGCAGGUCAGUUUCUGAGGGAGGUCGAAUCCGGGUUGCCAGCUGAGAAGGCAGGGAUGAGAGAUGGUGACCGCCUCCUGGCUGUGAACGGCGAGGGCACUGAGGACCUGGACCACCAGGAGGUGGUGCUGAGGAUACGUGCGGACAGGAGCCGGGUGACCAUGUUGGUUAUUGACGCAGAAGGAAGCAAGUUCUACGACUCGGUAUGGCAGCAGUUUGAGAAUGAGCACCAAGGAGAUUGCGGUGGGAUCCUAUAGAAAGGUUUCCCCUCUACCAUAAAGGCCACAAACUUCUCGGGGCAAAGAUAACCAUUUAUAAUGAACUUACACAAUGGGCCAAAGAUAUCAUACAAUAAUAAAGUUAUUGAAUUGGGCGAAGAUGCUCUGAAGUGGGAUUGCCUUUCGUAUCUCUGAGCACUUGCAUGCUGCAGAAAAACUAGCUGAAUAGAUCUCCCUCGGGGAUCUACAGAUUUGGAGGCUGGAAGAGGGAUCUCAGAUAAUUCUCUGCACUUGGGCUAAAAACUACAUCUCCCAGGAUUCUUUGGUGGAAGCCAUGACAGUUAAACUGGCAUAAAACUAAGACAAUGGAGUAGUGUACCUACAUACUUUAUAUCUCAGAGCACCUAGCACAACCACUGCCAACCUGGUGCCCUCCAGAAGUUUUGGACUACAACUCCCAUCAUCCCGAUCCCCAGAAUGACUUUAUGAUGCUUGGGCUUAUGGGAGUGGUACUCCCUAACAUCUGGAGGGCACCAGGUUGGCAGUGGCUGAGGUUGCACAUGCCAUUUGUGUACUAUCAGGAAUGGUUUGGGUCCUUUGACUUGGUCCACGGUGGGGUAGGAAAGAGGAUAAGUUGGUUUCCUUCCAUGAUUCUGAUAUAUAGAUAGAUAGAUAGAUAGAUAGAUAGAUAGAUGAAUGAAUGAAUGUUAUAUAUAAAAGGUAAAGGGACCCCUGACCAUUAGGUCCAGUCGUGGCCGACUCUGGGGUUGUGGCGCUCAUCUCACUUUAUUGGCUGAGGCAGCUGGCGUACACCGGGUCAUGUGGCCAGCAUGACUAAGCCGCUUCUGGCGAACCAGAGCAGCGCACAGAAACGCCAUUUACCUUCCCGCCGGAGCGGUACCUAUUUAUCUACUUGCACUUUGACGUGCUUUCGAACUGCUAGGAUGGCAGGAGCAGGGAUAUAUAAGCUUAGGAGUUAAUUGUAUUUAGAUAUGCAUUUCUUAGGUGUCCUUCUUCAUAAAGUCCCAGGACGGGUUACAACAAUGUAACAUAUACAGUGGUACCUUGGUUUACGAACUUAAUCCAUUCCUGUAGUCCGUUCUUAAACCAAAUCUGUUCUUAAACCAAGGCACACCUUCCCUAAUGCCCUUCCACCGUUUGGAUUCCAUUCGUAGACAGAGGUAAAGUUAGCUAACUUGAACACUACUUCCGGUUUUGCGGAGUCCGUAAACUGAAUAGUUUGUAAACAGGACUGUUCGUAAACCGAGGUACCACUAUAGUUACAAAAAAUAGAUAAAACCAUCAAGAUUAUAAAACAAGCAAAAUCAUCCCAAAUGGAGCAGAGACUCAGCAGAAAAGAGGUGAGUUAGCAGUCACAGGUAAAAAGGGACAUCUUUAGCAUACAGCAAAAUCUAUGCAGCAAAGAAAAUGCACCUCUGAGGAGAGGGAAUUCCAUAAUUUAGGGGCAGCCAUGGAGUAAAAAUCCUUUCCUGGGCAGCCACUCCCUGCACUUCUGUCGAUAACUGAACUGCCCACCCUCCUGGAGGUCUUAACACCUGAGGGGGUCUGUAGGAAUGGAGACAAGUGUUUCAUAUCUUUCUUGGGUCCUAAGUCAUUUUCGGGUGUCAAACGGUAAUGUGAGCACCUUCCAUGCAUCGGAAGGGUUCUGUUGGGUUUGCUGACAAUACCCUAAUUGUGACAUUUGCAGUCUCUUUUCGCUUUCCCAGGUUGGGUUAUCACCUCUCCUUUUCUAUGAUGACCAAGAUCCCCCAUUGGGCUUGCACGUUGUCCAUGCCUCCCCCUCUCCCAGCAUGCCCCAGGAAAAUAGCAACGCUGGCUUCACACCCUGCCUCUGUCACCUCAGAACGGACCCCCAUGAGAACAGACUACCUCCGGAGCAGUCUGGCAGCAGCUUGCCAGCUUUCACAAAAGAGGUAACGAUGCCUAACUACAGGGACACUGUAUGGUUGCUUACAGCCAUUUUGAACACCUCGGUUAUGGAUCACGUGGUAAUAUUGUUUCUGGACUGUAUCAUUUCAAGUGGGCGACCACAUAAUUAAAGAUAUCAUUUUGAUCCUCCUCCUCAUCAUCACAAGUGUCAUGGAAAGCUCAAAGGACACACCGGUCAGGAAGCUACAAUAUUGUUAUCCCUCUCUCCCAGCAGCAACUGGAAACUCCUGACUGCCCCAGAUAGGACAAUGUAUGGUUCCUUUAGUGAAUAAAUCAGCCUUCGCCAAUUGAGUGCCCUUCAGACUGGGCAGGGGCUGUGGUCAAAAUCAUCUAGAGGGCACCAAGUCGGCAAAAGCUAGCUAAACCAUGGAAUGACACUGUUCACACAACAAGCUUAUCCAUAGCUCAGUUGAGUAGAGCAUGAGACACUUAAUCUCAAGGUCAUGGGUAUACGCCUCAUAUUGGGCAAAAAGAUUCCUGCAUCACAGCGGUUUGGACCUCGUGAUCCCUUCCAACUCUAUGAUUCUGUAAUUCUAAGAAAGACAGACUGGAAUCCCUCUUUUUAAUAUCUAGCUUUCAAAAAAAUUAUCUUUGUGUUGGGAGAUGCAUUUAAUAAUUUCCCCCCAACUUUGGUCUAACUAAAGUAAUAUACAGUCAUACCUUGGAAGUCGAACAGAAUCUGUUCCGAAAGUCCAUUCGACUUCCAAAACGUUUGGAAACCAAGGCGCAGCUUCCGAUUGGCUGCAGGAAGCUCCUGCAGCCAAUCAGAAGCUGUGUCAGACAUUCGGGUUCCAAAGAACGUUCGCAAACCAGAACACUCACUUCCAGAUCUGCGGAGUUUGGGAGCCGAAAUGUUUGACUUGCAAGGCGUUCAGGAUCCAAGGUACGACUGUAUAUGCAAGCUGGUUCUGGAGUUCAGGGUUACCGGUUUUAAAUAUGGAACACUCCUGUGAUGAAAAAAGGCCUUACGUGUCUGAGAAGCGUGGCAGAGAUGGGAGGUGCUGCUUGAUUAAUGAUCAGGAAUGGGGGGAGAAAUUCAUUCAGUUUGCAUUUGAUUCAAUCUAAUUUGUGCUUUCUGAAACAAUACACAAACUGAAAACACAGCCAACUUUUGAAACCCACACUUCUCCAAAUUUUGCAAUGCUACUCUCCAGCCAAGUAAUGUGUUCAGAAAUGCAUAUACUAGGGCAAAGUGCACAUGGCUAGAAAUGCCUAUAUUAGUAAACAUAACGUACAAAAAUGUGUCACAUUAAGGAAAUAUUGCUUUCAAAAAUGUGUACUUUGCACGCAGAAUUGUGUAUAUUAGGAUAAAUUUGCACUAAAAUGCUGGUGAGGACUCUUAAAAAGAGACUUUGCAACAUGAUGAAUACUAAACUUAAGUUUGGAGAAAUGAUAAAUGGAAAGAAAAGGAAAACAACGAUUAGACACUCCCUAGGACUCUAGGUCUAAACCACUGAGCCUAGGGCUUGCCGAUCAGAAGGUUGGCGGUUCGAAUCGCCAUGAUGGGGUGAGCUCCCGUUGCUCAGUCCCAGCUCCUGCCAACCUAGCAGUUUGAAAGCACCUCAAAGUGCAAGUAGAUAAAUAGGUACCGCUCCGGCAGGAAGGUAAACGGCGUUUCCGUGCGCUGCUCUGGUUCGCCAGAAGGGGCUUAGUCAUGCUGGCCACAUGACCUGGAAGCUGUUUGCGGACAAACGCCGGCUCCCUCGGCCUGUAGAGUGAGAUGAGCACCGCAACCCCAGAGUCGUGCGUGACUGGACCUAACGGUCAGGGGUACCAUUACCUUUACAGUCUCAUGAUCCACCUAGGUUACAAGAAUUAAGGUGCAUAUCCGUGUGCUGCUCUGGUUUGCCAGAAGCAGCUUAGUCAUGCUGGCCACAUGACCCGGAAGCUGUACGCCGGCUCCCUCAGCCAAUAAAGCGAGUUGAGUGCCGCAACCCCAGAGUCGGUCACGACUGGACCUAAUGGUCAGGGGUCCCUUUACCUUUACUGUUCUACAGCGCUUCUUGCACAGCUCCUGCCUGUUUUGAGCUGGCAGAAGACACCUUCCUCCUUGGUACUCCAUGCCUCACUCUGAGGUGCCCAUCUCUCAGUGAAAAGCUGUUGCCAAAGGGCGAGCCCUCCCUGUCCCGUCUCAUGGCAGACCAGUCUCUGUGCUGGCUCUCACAAAUGUACAUUGGCAUCCUAUGUCACCCCUGCAAUAACCAUACAAACGUUUCUAGCUAGCUUGUCUUCCCACAACACAAUUAUGCAGGCCGUUUGGAGUGUAUACUGUCAGACUGAAAAUGGAAUGAACUUUGUGUCUCCCCCAAGCUUUUUGUGCCUGUCACCUGCGACCAGAUAUUUCCCACCACUCUUUUUAAGCACAUCCCAGCCUUCAAAUCAUAGGUUUGGUUUGAUCAGCAUUCUCUUUCUUUUGUACACAGGGCCAAGAUGCACUGAGCCAUGCAUUCUAGAAGCUGCCAGGCCAUUAUCACCGAGCACAACUUCAGCCCGGCUCGGCAGGGAGCUGAAAUCCUGUUUGUGGCAGAAGUGAGCACAGUUGCACAGAUGCUAGCACUGCAGUUUGAGCCUCUCUCCCUCAUGGCCUGGCUUUUCCCUGUCGCACCGCUGCCUUGUUGAGCAAUCUGUCUCUCCAACCCCUGAAAAUGCUUCCUGUGGACAAGCGGGCUGCGGUCUCGAAGCAAGGCAUGCUGAUUAGAGGAAGAACCCUGCGAGAAUCAAAGAGACUGUGUUUUUUGCCUGCUUUGGGGUGUGACUUUGUGAACAGAAGAUUCGUGUUAAAAUU